GAGUGAGUUGGUUCGGUGUGACUGUGACUCACUGUGGUCCCCUGGAAGUUGAUCUCCCAGAGGCAAGCCUGCAAGGUGGGGGCAGUGCUGCCCUUGCAGAGUCUCCCCUCCAGGGAUGGGGAGGCCACAGCCCGCCUGGCUGGCACAUGUCUCCCUUCCUAGCGGAGGGGCUGCCUCGUCCUGCAGCCUCGGACCCCUUCCUUCACUUAGUCCCUCUGCCUCCUCCCCCUUCCCACAACUGGGUGGGGGUGAGUGGGCAGGGGGCAGGCGCAGCCGGCUGAGGAGCCUGAUGAUUUCCUGCCUUCACCACAGCUUCCUGUCGCACGCGGGUGGUGAGGAGGAGAAGCAGGCGGGGAACAAGAAAGGGGCUGGUACAGCUGGGCAUAGGGAUCGGGCGGCUGGUAGCUGGGGCACAGGCCCCAGCUCAGGCUCUGGGACCAGCGUCUCCCAACACUGAUCUCCACUCAGUCCAGCACGGAAGGAAGCGGGGGUCAUUGACCCCCAAAGAAGCACACAGCUACCUGCCACUGGAUCCCAGGCUGGGGCUCACUCAGUCCCACACCCCUGCUGCCACUCUGCCUGGAGGGGCUGCGGUGCAGCGGGGCCUGGGCCAGGUGCUCUGCAGAUGGAAGCAGACACCCUGAGCCCCAUGGGGCUGGGCCUCCUGUUGCUGCCCUUCUUAGUCACGCUCCUGGCUGCCCUAUGUGUGCGCUGCCGUGAGCUGCCAGCUUCCUAUGACAGUGUGUCCACAGAGAGGUUGUACCCAAGCAGUAUCUUCAUCAAACCAACUCAAAUAACCAGCCCCUCAACAACUGACACUUCGUGUCCUUUUGUUGCUUCCUUCCCACCCCUGAUGCAGCCAGACCUGAGAUCCCCACAGCCCUUUGGGAGUUGCCAGCAGGAUUCAAAUGAUGUCAACAGUGUGGCGAGCUACGAGAACCAGGAGCCAACCUCUGAGAAUGAGGACGACGAGGAGGACGAGGAUGACUAUCCCAAUGAGGGCUACCUAGAGGUGCUUCCUGACAGCACCCCUGCCACCAUUCCCGUCGUCUCCUCUGCUCCUGUGCCCAGCAACCCUGGCCUCCGGGACAGCGCCUUCUCCAUGGAGUCGGGUGAAGACUACGUGAAUGUUCUUGAGAGUGAGGACAGUGCAGCAGCGUCUCUGGAUGGGAGCCGGGAAUAUGUCAAUGUGUCCCAGGAGCUACAGCCUGUGAGCGGUGCUGAGCAGGCCACUGUGACCUCCCAGGAGGUGGAAGACGAAAGAGAAGAGGAAGGAGUGGAAGGAGAGGAAGCUCCGGAUUAUGAGAACCUGUAGGAACUUCACUGAGAGCCUGGUGAGCGGGCCUUCUGGCCAGGAUCGCUUCCUGGCCACCUCCAGCUGUUAGGCACAUCUGGCUCUGGAUACCUGAGUGGUUUCAUGACUCGGUGACUCUGCCCUUGCUGUCUCCCCUGCCCUGUUGUGUUCCAGCUGCAGCCAUCUGUCCUGGAACUAGCCUUGCUGGGAGGGUGGAACUGGGCAGCUGGGAGUGGCUCUAAGGGAAUCCCAUUUGACCUCUGCCUUGUCAACAACCUGAGAAUCUCUCCUAACUUAUUGUUACUUUGGGGUCCAGUCUAUGUCCCCAGUAUUCUACACCUUUGAUGAAGCCUGAAAAUGAAUCUUGUUCCUGCCUGGCUCUGUCAUGGAAUAAAGGCCCCUA